AUGGAAACGGUGCUUCCCCUGCCGUUCCUUGUCAGUGUGGCCAUUCCUCCGGGAUUGGCCAACCUCGACGGCCUCAACCGCGAAGAGGUUUCCAUCCUCGCCAGUCCGUUCCUCGAGGCAACUCCCAAGAUACUGGAAAAGCUGUCUCGAUUUUUCAGCCGCCACAGCUCCGAAUUCCACGCUCACAUCGAUGCCACGUCCCUCGAAUCCACAGACGAUGUGUAUGCGCUGCUUGAUGGCGGGGCACGCACGGCAUUCGUUUCGCCAGAGUCGCUCUCGCAAUAUGCCGAGCUUGGAGCGAGAGUUUUGCCCGCUGUUUCGAAGCUCGACCUGUCUGCUGCUUCCGAGCACGGCCUCUUGAUCAAAGACUUUGACCCCACGGCUGCCAACGUCGACAAGUUUGCCGAAGAGGCCCGAACCAAGAAGUUCAAGGUUCUCUAUCUGAAGCCGGUGCCGGAAGUCGCUCUCGACCGGUUCAUCCAGGUUGCUCAGAAGUGCAACGCGAUUCCGAUCCUGCCCUCGACCGGACUUACGACCGAUAAGUCCGACGGUGGCAAGCUUCUGCUUUCCAAGGUCAUUGCGACAUACUGGAAGUCGGAUCGCGCUGAUGGCCUCAUCCCCACGGUGGUUACUGACGUCCACGGGAUUGCGCUUGGGUUGGCUUACACAAGUGAGGAGAGUAUUCUGGAGGCUUUGCGGACUCAGACGGGCGUUUACCAGAGCCGUAAACGAGGACUAUGGGUUAAGGGAGCUACCUCUGGCGACACUCAAGAGCUCGUCCGUAUUGCAUUGGACUGCGACAAUGACACACUCAAGUUUGUUGUACAGCAAAAGGGCCGAUUCUGCCACCUUGAGCAAUUCGGCUGCUUUGGUGAGCUGACGGGCAUCGCAAGACUGGAGCAAACCCUCAAGUCAAGGAAAGAGUCUGCUCCUGCCGGCUCAUACACUGCCAGACUAUUCUCCGACGAGAAGCUUUUGAGGGCAAAGAUCAUGGAAGAGGCCGAGGAGCUAUGCGAUGCCAAGACUCCUCAGGAAAUUGCAUUCGAAGCCGCCGAUUUGAUUUAUUUCGCUCUCACAAGGGCUGUCGGCGCUGGUGUGAGCGUGGCUGAUGUCGCUGCCAGCCUGGACGCAAAGGGCUUGAAGGUCAAGAGGAGGACGGGCGAUGCCAAGGGCAAAUGGGCCGAAAAAGAAGGAAUCAAGCCGUCUGCUCCCGCCGCCCCGGCCAAGGCCGUCGAAGCCGAAAAGCCAAAGAGUGAUCGGAUUCUCAUGCAGAGAAUCGACUCCGCCAACGCUACUGAGGCAGAGCUGCUCGAGACUCUGAAGCGACCUUCACAAAAGUCUCCCGAUGCCAUCUUGAAGAUUGUUACCCCCAUUAUCGAUGAUGUCCGCAAAAACGGAGACAAGGCUGUUCUCUCUUACACUCACAAGUUUGAAAAGGCCACCUCUCUGACAUCUCCAGUUCUCAAGGCUCCUUUCCCUAAGGAGCUGAUGGAGCUCUCUCCCGAGACUAUCAAGGCGAUUGAUACCUCCUUUGAGAACAUCCGAAAGUUUCACGCCGCCCAGAAGGACGACAAGACGCUCCAGGUCGAGACCAUGCCCGGCGUUGUCUGCAGCCGCUUCUCAAGACCGAUUGAGCGUGUUGGUCUCUACGUUCCUGGCGGUACUGCCGUUCUGCCCAGCACAGCUCUCAUGCUCGGUGUUCCUGCCAUGGUCGCCGGCUGCAAGAAGAUUGUCCUGGCCUCCCCCCCUCGUGCCGACGGCAGUGUGACUCCUGAGAUUGUCUAUGCUGCUCACAAGGUCGGCGCUGAGAGCAUCGUCCUCGCCGGUGGAGCCCAGGCCGUUGCCGCUAUGGCCUACGGCACGGAGAGCGUCAGCAAGGUCGACAAGAUUCUCGGACCAGGCAACCAGUUCGUCACCGCGGCCAAGAUGCACGUCAGCAACGAUACCAAUGCGGGAGUGAGCAUCGACAUGCCCGCUGGUCCUUCCGAAGUCCUGGUCAUCGCCGACAAGGAUGCCAAUCCCGCUUUCGUAGCCUCGGAUCUGCUUUCUCAGGCCGAGCACGGUGUCGACAGCCAAGUCAUCUUGAUCGCUGUUGAUCUUACAGAGGAGCAGCUCAAGGCCAUUGAGGAUGAAGUUCACAACCAGGCCAUUGCCCUGCCCAGAGUGGACAUUGUGCGCGGCUCCAUUGCUCACUCCGUCUCCGUUCUCGUUAAGACUAUUGACGAGGCCAUGCGCAUCAGCAACGAAUAUGCGCCGGAGCAUCUGAUUCUGCAGAUCAAGGAUGCCGCCAAGGUUGUUGACCUCGUCAUGAACGCCGGCAGUGUCUUCAUUGGCGAAUGGACGCCCGAGAGUGUUGGAGAUUACUCUGCUGGUGUAAACCACUCACUACCAACAUACGGAUUUGCCAAGCAGUACUCUGGCGUCAACCUCGGAUCAUUCCAGAAGCACAUCACCAGCUCCAACCUAACAGCCGAGGGUCUCCGCAACGUGGGCGGAGCAGUCAUGCAGCUGGCCAAGGUCGAGGAGCUGGAAGCUCACAGGAGAGCGGUAGAGAUUCGCAUCAAGCACAUGGAUGGGCAAAAAUAA